AUGACUGACCAGGAGCAGCAGCUGCCCAUUGAUGUGAGGAAAACACAGUCUGCACCACACACUGCUUUGGAGAAUUGUUUUUAUUUGUUUCAUUUCCUUAUUCUAGCACUGAGAUGCAUAACACUUGUUUUUGGAGUUCACAGGAUCACUUCCUGUUCGAUAUACCAGUGUCCCCCCUGGUAAGUAUAAUGGUUUGAUAAAAGCACAACUCUAAAACCAAACAAUAGAAAGCAUUUUAGAAGCGCUGAAACCUAUCGAUAACCCAUUGGUCUGGAAAGGCACAACAACCAGAAUAACUUCCUUGUGUGGAUCAACGAGGAGGACCACACCCGGGUCAUCUAG